UUCUGAAAGUAUUUAGGAUAUGUUAAACCCAGCCUCUCAGUAACUGUGUUAUUCACAUAGACACCACCACCACCUACUUCCAUCUUAAGAGGAAUGCAUAGUAGUUUUUCUUGACUAUCGGAAGUUCUUAUAUAUUAAAUAUUACUCAGAAAUUUUUAUUUCCCUAGGUAGAGUGCUCUAAAAGCAUUCCAGUAGCCAGAUAUCACAUAAACGAUGCUAGGCUCACUCCUCUGGUUUCAUGGCGUUGCCACAUUCCAUUAUAUAGAGAUCUUCAUCACCAUCUGGAAGAAAACCAAUAAUCAAAUGAAAACAUGGAACCUGGAGCUGGGCAUAUUGCAGUAUGGGUCGGCCAAGAAGAAAAAAUAAUUUAUGGAUUAACAAAGCAUACAAGCAGCAUGGAUGUUGUGCAAGCUCUUCUUGAGGAGCAACAAUCUUCAAAGGGCAAAAGACAUGUGCCAAUGGGUAAUUCUAAAGAGUAUUUUAUCAUGGAAAAAUGGAGAGGAUUCCAAUGCACAUUGCCACCUACCACAAAAAUGUUAAAGCUUUGGAAGGCAUGGGGUGCAGAACAAGUUAACAUAAGCUUCCAUCUGGUAAAAUCAGAGUUCAUACAGCCUUGUUUAUUAUGGAAAACUGCUGAACAUCUAAAGCACACAAACUAUCAUAGUACGGCAUCUGCUAUUAAAUCUUUGCCAUUGCAUAAACAGAAGAGCAUUGUAAGGAAGGCAUUUAGAAAACUAGCAGAGAUGAAAAAGGACACGGAUUCUCAGGAAAAAAACAGCAUAAAAAAACGUAUACAACUAAUUGCUUCUCAGGAUCUCACAAUUAAAAAACAAAUAAACAAAAUGCAAGAGCUGGAUGAACAGAUUGAAGAAUGCAUAACAUACCUACAUCAGGACAAAGAAGGCAAGGAUGAACACACAGAUCACUAUAGCCAUUUGAAUGAAGUUGAAUUUAAACAGCAGGGAUGCAAAUUUUUAGAAGACACAGAAUUAUUUGGAGAAAUAUUAUCUAUUACAGAUGAAGCACGUGCUCCUUAUAUGCAUACUGAGACAUUAUCUAAUGAAAUUAAAGAAAAACCCCACUUUUUGCCCACAUGUGAAGACUUGCUUUCUGAUCAGGAAAACUUAAAGGGACAUUGGGAAAUGAGUAUGCUGCAAUGUCUUAGACAAACAGUUGGUGAAAGCCUACAGCUGGAGGUAAAACUGCAUUCUCUCAUUAGCUGUAUACAAAAGGAAACUCACUAUCAAGAUUCUGUUCUACUCAGACAGAAAAGAGAAUAUGAUCUUUUAAAACAAGAGCUGAGAUUGUUAAAUGAACCAAACAAUUUAGUGACUUAUGAAUUUGCACAACCAUACAGCAUAUCGUUAAGUGCCGGCAGUGAAGAGCUAGAUAAUAUUACGGUAGCUUUGUCUAUUACAAGUAUGCAAAGUGAUACAGAUUCUGAUACAGGAAUUAGUUCUAUUCAUAGCCUAAACUCUGAUCCUGUUCCUUGACAUCCAACGUGGAUACCUGUGUAACAUAACCAAAAUGCUUUGUUUAAAAAAAGUCACACUUUUAUUAAA